AGGAGGAGGAGGAGCCCAGCGUCCCGGCCGGAGCUCAGCCUAACCCACCUUGGCGGAUCAAGUGUGGGGCUUGAGUGAGUUUGUGUGGAGAUACCGCUCAGAGGACAGGGAAAACUUUUCUUUUUUAUCAGUACUUUAAGAUCCAUGACAUUUAUCAGGGGCUUUGCAGAGAGGAUUCCAGGAAUCUUGCCAUGUUCAAGGCGGUGCUGAAGAAGAACAGAGAUGGAGGAAAGGGGAGCAAGAAAGAUUCAGGUGAUGUUCACAACCAUAGCGCCCAAAGAAGAUACCCACCUGAGGGGAACCCGCUGCCCCCCGGGCCCGGCGGCGGUCACCCUAACACACAGGAGGAUGUUUUCAGGCUAAGCCUCUCCAAGGGAGUGUCCAUGUCCCUCCCGUCCUCGCCUCUGCUGCCAAGACAGACCUACAUGAUGCCCUUACGCACUAGCAAGAGAUCGCCAGGUCCAAUCAGGAAGCCCAAAUAUGUAGAGAGCCCUCGCGUCCCUUCUGAUGCCAUCGUGUCAGCGCUGAGGAAGGUGGCCGAUAACAAGGAGUGCUGCCACAAUGAGCUGCAAGCGGAGAAACAGCCAAGCUCCUCCUCCCCUGCCACUCAGGAACUGAUGACAAGGCUGGGCUUUUUACUGGGAGAAGGGAUCCCGGGUACGGCACGCAUACCUAUGGACGACAAGAAUGAAAAGAAGUGCUCUCUGACUAGCCAGGGUAUCAGCCCCUGCUCCACGCUGACCAGCAGCACGGCGUCUCCCUGCACUGACAGCCCAUGUUCCACCCUCAACAGCACAACGAGCCGCCCACCGCUCAGCCGCUCCAGCCCUUGCGGGACCAUCACCAGCCCCAGUUCCACACUCGAGAGCAAGGACAGUGGGAUCAUAGCCACCAUCACUAGUUCUUCAGAGAACGAUGACCGCAGCGGCUCCAGCCUGGAGUGGAGUAAAGAUGGCAGCCUGAGAGGCAGCGGGCGCCAUGGCCUGGCACAGAGCGCGCGGGCCGACACCUGCUCCCCUGUGGCCGAAGAGGACUCCAGUGGCAGCGCCACGGCGACGCCGGCCGACACCCCGUCCAGGACAGACCAGCAGCACAGCGCGUCAGCGGGGGCGCCCGGUCCACCGCAGCCUCCCAGCCUCUCGCCCGAGGGGCCCGUUCCGUACCCGCCGCAGACGACACUGUCCCUCAUGAUGCCGAGGCCGAACUCCGUAGCCGCAACCAGUUCCACGAAGCUGGAAGACCUGAGCUUCCUCGAUGAACAGCGCAACACUCCCCUGCGGACAUCCAUACGCCUCCCCUGGCAUAACACAGGAGGAAGGCCUCCUCAGGACUCAAAAGGUCGUUUCGCUCCCUACAAACCGGUGGACAUUAUGCUCAAGCCCUUGCUGUUUGAGGUUCCCAGCAUCACCACAGACUCCGUGUUUGUGGGCAGAGACUGGCUCUUUCAGCAGCUGGAGGAUGUCCUGAAGGCCGGCGAGGCCACUCAGAACCACGGCGCCGUUGUGGUGGGCAGCGUGGGUUACGGAAAGACGGCAAUCAUCUCGAGGCUCGUGGCGUUGAGCUGCCACGGAGGACGCAUGCGCCAGAUUGCAUCGAACAGUCCCAGUGCCUCCCCUAAAAGUGGUGCGGGACCAAGCACAGAACUUCCCCUCAGCCAGCCCCCACAGCCCACUCCACCAUCCAGCGCUACCAACACAAUGAGGACCAACAGCUGCCCAGGAACCCCUGAGAUGCAGCGGCGCAGGGAGGAGGCUGUCAAACGUCUGGCUUCAAAGGUGGUGGCGUAUCACUAUUGCCAGGCAGACAACACGUACACCUGCUUGGUGCCAGAGUUUGUACACAGCAUCGCAGCCCUGCUGUGCAGAGCGCACCAGCUCGGCGCAUACCGAGAGCUGUUGCUGAAAGAGCCGCACCUCCAGAGCAUGCUCAGUCUGCGCUCCUGUGUCCAGGACCCCAUGGCUGCUUUCCGGAGGGGGGUCUUGGAGCCAUUAGCCAACCUUCGUAAAGAACGGAGAAUUCCAGAGGAGGACCACAUCAUCUUGAUAGACGGGCUGAAUGAAGCGGAGUUCCACAAGCCCGACUACGGAGACACCAUCGCCUCCUUCAUCACUAAGAUUAUUGCCAAGUUCCCCUCCUGGCUUAAACUGGUGGUCACCGUACGAGUUAACUUGCUGGAGAUCACCAGCCUUCUGCCCUUCUCCAAGAUCUCCCUGGAUGAUUUCACCGACAACAAAGAGAUAAGCAAUGACCUCAACGCUUAUAUCCAGUACCGCGUCAGCGGCAGCAAGGAUAUCAUGAACAAUAUUAGCCUGAACGGAAAAGCCGAUCCCAUCACGGUCGGCAAGCUCAGCAGCCACCUGAUCUCGCGCAGCCAGGGUUCCUACCUGUAUCUCAAACUCACCCUGGACCUCUUUGAGAGAGGCCACCUGGUGAUCAAAAGUUCCAGCUACAAAGUCGUGCCCGUUUCGCUGGCUGAACUGUACCAGCUACAGUGCAACAUGAAAUUCAUGACUAAUUCCGCCUUCGAGCGCUCGCUGCCCAUCCUCAAUGUGGCGCUCGCCUCGCUGCACCCCCUGACUGACGAGCAGCUGUUCCAGGCCAUCAACGCCGGCUUCAUCCAAGGAGAGCUGAAGUGGGAGGACUUUCACCAACGCAUGGAGUUACUGUCGUGCUUCCUCAUCAAACGGCGGGACAAGACACGCAUGUUUUGCCACCCCUCCUUCAGAGAGUGGCUGGUGUGGAGAGCCGACGGGGAGAGUACGGACUUCCUCUGUGACCCCAGGACUGGCCACGCUCUCAUGGCCUUCAUGUUAUCCCGCCAAGAGGGGAAACUGAACCGUCAGCAGACAAUGGAGCUGGGACACCACAUCCUCAAAGCACACAUCUUCAAGGGUCUGAGCAAGAGAACAGGCGUGUCAUCCAGCGUGCUCCAGGCUCUGUGGAUCAGCUGCAGCGCUGACGGCCUCUCCGCAGCUUUGGCCUCUCUGAGGAACCUCUACACGCCCAACGUCAAGGUCAGUCGUCUGCUGAUGCUGGGAGGGGCCAACGUGAAUUACCGCACCGAAGUCCUGAACAACGCGCCGGUGCUUUGCGUCCAGUGCCACCUCGGUCACCAGGAGAUCGCCUCGCUGCUGCUGGAGUUUGGCGCCAGCGUAGACGUCAUGUCUGAAAACGGCAUGAACCCCCUGUGCUACUCAGCGGCUGCAGGACACUUGGGAUUGGUCAUGCUGCUCUGUAAGAGGGGCGCCCAGGUCGAUCACGUUGAUAAGAGUGGCCAGUGCGCUCUGGUCCAUGCCGCGCUUCGAGGACACCCCGACAUCAUCCAGUACCUGCUGGAGCUGGAGUGGAGCGCUGAGGGACAGCAGCAGGACUGCUCUCUGAAGAACAAAGCUCUGCAGCAGGCUUUGAUUGCAGCCUCCAGCAUGGGACACACACAGGUUGUGAGGGGCCUGCUGGCGUUGAAUAAUGACCACGCCGUACAAAUUGAUAGUCAUGACACUCUGUGGGGAGAGACAGCCUUGACGGCUGCAGCGGGCCGGGGGAAGAUGGAAGUGUGCAGCUUCCUGUUGGAGGAGGAAGCGGUGGUGCAGCAGGUGAACCGGCGGGGGGUGUCUCCGCUGUUCUGCGCCGUCAGACAGGGACACUGGCAGAUUGCAGAGCUGCUGUUGGAGAACGGCGCCGACAUCAACAUCAGCGACAAGCAGGGCAGGACCCUACUCAUGGUGGCUGCAUGUGAGGGUCACCUGAGCACCGUCGAGUUCCUGCUUUCUAAAGGUGCGUCUCUAACUUCGAUGGACAAGGAGGGACUGAUGCCCCUGAGCUGGGCGUGUUUGAAAGGACAUAAGAACGUGGUGCAGUUUUUGGUGGAGAAAGGUGCGGUCAUCGACCACACGGACAAAAACGGACGGACUCCGCUGGACCUCGCCGCCUUCUACGGAGACGCGGAGAUUGUUCAGUAUUUGGUGGAAAGGGGAGCAGUGAUAGAGCAUGUGGACCAUAGCGGGAUGAGGCCUCUGGACCGGGCCAUAGGCUGCAGGAACACGUCUGUGGUGGUGACUCUGUUGAAGAAAGGGGCCAAGCUGGGCUACAGAACGUCUCCUUACGAUCGAUCAGGGAACGCCGCCUGGGCCAUGGCUACUUCCAAGCCUGAUAUCCUCAUCAUCCUUCUCCAGAAGCUGAUGGAGGAGGGGAACCUGCUUUACAAGAAGGGGAAGAUGAAAGAGGCGGCCCAGAGGUACCAGUACGCCCUGAGGAAGUUUCCCAGAGAAGGCUUCGGCGAGGACCUCAAGGCGUUCAAAGACCUGAGGGUCUCUCUGUACCUCAACCUGUCCCGCUGCCGCAGAAAAACCAACGAUUUCGGGAUGGCUGAGGAGUUUGCAACAAAAGCACUGGAGCUCAAACCCAAGUCCUACGAGGCGUACUACGCCCGCGCCCGAGCUAAAAGAAGCAGCAGGCAGUUUACGGCGGCCAUGGCCGACCUACACGAAGCGGCCAAGCUGUGCCCCAACAACCGCGAGAUCCGCCGCCUGCUCGCUCGAGUCGAGGAGGAGUGCAAACAGAUGCAGCGGACUCAAACCAAAGGGGGCCUCGCCGGGGCCGCGGCCGCUUGCAGCCAGGCGUCGGGAGGCCACGACUCGGACCAGGAGCAGGACGGAGGGCAGGAGGACCCCUCGGAGCACAGCCUCGCUCGAGGUGCGGACGGCCCCAGAGACAUUCUCGAGGAGGAGGAAGAGGAGGAGGAAGGAGGCUGCUGGUCCCAGAACAGUUACUCCUUCAACAGGGUCUUACCCUCCGAGGCGGCAGCUGUCAGCAGCAGCAGCAGCAGCAGCCUGGGACAUCAAAGUCUGAGCCCCAGCUCCCCCCCAGGCAGGCUUCCUCCCCACAGAUACCCCCGCGAGCACCGGGAGGCGCUGGCCCAGCAGGCCUUGGUCCUGCAGCCCACCAAGCAGGCCCAGAUAGUCAAGACCAAUCAGCACAUGAGCUCCAUGCAGGCUGGGGGCGGCGCAUUGGGGGGCCGCUCGACGGGGACCAAAUCCCAGUACGCUCCUUCAAGUCCCUUACCCAGCCGACACAUGUCCAGCAUGCUGAAGCCGGGCCCCGGCAUCGACAUCAGCCCCCUCCCUCCCCCAGCUGACGAGCCCGUGUACGGGAACCGCAUGUUGCUGGCGGCCGCCUCCGCCUCCGCCGGUCUCAGCUGCGAAAGCGAGAGCCUCCACUCCUCCCAGGCCUCCUACUCGUCCUGCGGCGGCUCCAAAGCUCAAGACCGGCUGUCCGCCCACUCCGCGUCCUCCCUGGACGGGUUAGCCUGCUCCGGCCCCGGGCUCCAGGGGAACCACGGCGGCGACCAAGGGAAGGAAGGGAUGUGCAGCGCAGUGGGGUCUCAGGCAGGAAGCAGCGGCAGCAUGCGGGUGUCCAGCUCCACCAGCAGCCUGGCGUCCAGCAGCAGCCUGUCGGACAGCGGCAAGCUGGGACCCGACGUCCGCACCAAGAUCUCCGACAAAACCAAGCACAGCCAACAGGCCGGCUCCACGGCAGAGUACAAGCCUAGACCCUUCAUGGGCAUAACUGACAAGACGGCUCGCUUUCAGCAGCAGCAGCAGCAGCAGCAGCAGCACAGCUUGCAGAGUCACCAGAGCCUGCAGUCGGCCACUCGCAGCUGGCUCAACCACUCCUCCGACGGCCUGGUGUGUCACAACAUGUCGGCGAUGGGCCUGCAGCCCGUCGACUGCGAGCUGAGUUACGGCAAAGCGGCGAGCGCCUACCAGGAGCAGCACAAACCUCCGCCACCUCAGGGCGGGAUGGCAAUGGGCGGCUUACAAAACGGCAUGCACGCCAAGGAAUUCGCGGAAAAGUUCUGCCAAGCCGCCAACUGUUACAAAGAGUCCAAGCCAGCGCUGGCUAUGGCGCACACGUUCGCGGACAGCAAGCCCAAGCAGCCCGGCCUCGCCCGAGAUAAUCCUGCCAUUCACGUAGCUUCAAUGAAACCAAAGCGAUCGUUUAUAGAGUCGAAUGUGUAGAUUGUUUGUUUAUCUCUCUUACGGUCUACAACGCGCGCACACACGCGCGCACACACACACACACACACACACACACACAUGAGCAGGAACCUAAAACGAGACGGACUUGUUUUCAAUUCUUUUUUCAAACCAGACCCAGAAAAUAUACAGCCGCACCACUUUUUAGCCUUGUGAGAAGUACAGUUUGGAAGCCGUUCCGCAAAACGGGCACCGAACGCUCCAGUUUUUACUCCUCCCGAUCUGCCGCUUCUGUUACACGACAACAUGUCCGUCGUCAUUCAGCCAAGCUGGAGACAUUGCACUGAAGGAAGAAUUCGGACGUGUACCGUUCAGUCCCGAUCGAGGAACCGGUGACAGGAAGCACUUUACGCACAGUUAUAGGCCAUGCAAGUGCUUAAAAGGACAUAUUCAGUUACAACGUGAUGUUCGAAAUGGAAAUGGGGUUCAAACUGUUUUUUUAUUAUGGUGCUGAGAGCGGGGGAAUUAAAAGGAGAGCGCGUCCUCAGUGAAGAUGUAAGAAAGUGGAAGGGAUGGGCAUUCCUGUGUUCUACGUAGGAUGUUAUAGAUCCUCACGCUGUGUAUAUUAUAUAAAUACGUACUUUUCCUUCUUUUCAGUGAAGGUCUAUGUUAAGUGUAUUGACAAGUUCAGACUUGUGUAUUUGGAGUUUUUAGGCACAAAGUUGUUCAAACGGUGUUAAAACAUUUGUUAAAUAUAUUUGUACAUUAUAUAAAUCACUCAUUAACACUGAAAUGAUUUCCUUUCUGUAUCUGCUUGUUGUUGCCGUCUAGUUUAAUUUAUUUACAGCGCCAAUGGCUUGGUUAAUUGUAAAAGCAAUAUAUUUUAUAUAGUUAUUUUUGCACAGCUACUAAGACAUUUUAUGAUUCUCAAUAAUGUUGAGAUUUAAGCGCAUGCUACAAUUGCAGUUUAUAUUGCAGAGUAAAAAAAAACACAAACAAAUCUAUAAAAAUAAAUGGUUUUGGGGCCCAGUGCCAUCAGCUCUAUUUUAUUAUGUACGUUAAAUGCAAUUGUUGCCAUGUUUUCAGUAUUGUGAGCUUUAUUAGCUGUGAUCACAUACUGUCAUAGAACAUUAUUGCCAUAGCCACCAUGGGAGAGAGAAAUAAAGACCCACCGAGGAAAAACA